UAGCUGUUAGUACAAUGCUAUGCAGUAUGCACUAUGCAGUAUGUUUUUCGUUAUAAGAACACCAUGUCAUGAGUUCAAACGUUCCGUUUGACAGGUUGGACUAUAUUUUAAAAAAAAAGUGAAGAUUAUUUUACUCGAUCAAAUAGUAGACCAUUCAACAUGGACGGGGACGACUUUAUAGCUGGUCACCAGGCCAAAUUCGAGGAUGAAUUUGAAGAAGAAAUAUAUGAUGAAGACAAGUAUGAUGCUCUUAAUGAUGAGACUUUUGGAAAUGAUAUGUCAGAUGAUUGGGAAGCUGACCAUGAACAAUAUGCUAGAAUUGAUGAAGAAACAAAAAAACGAUGGCCUGAUACUGAAUUAAAUGGUGAUUAUACAGACUCGUUACCUUCCGAUAGUAUAUUCAACGAUCCAAUAAAAUCACUACCUGAUUUAGAAAGAGAAUUAAGACAAUUAAGCACGUUCAGUCAACAGUAUGAUAUUCCACCGAAUUUGCAGUAUCAAAAUAAUUUAAAUUUUGUUCAACAAAAUUUUGGUAAUGUGCCAAUUAAUGAUUGUGGCCCAAUUAGAAGACCCAUUCCACUUCAUGGUUUUAAUCCAUUAUCACGGAAUAUGUUCAAUCCGCCACCAGGGUUCCACGAGGCAAAUAGCCAUUUUGAUGGUGCUGCCAUUAAAUCACAAGUUAUGUCAUCUGCAAUAAGUGUAGCUGAUUUAGAAAGACAAUUGAUUGAAUCAGCAAAAGUACUGCCAUCUCAAUUCUCACAACUACCACCGCCACCAGCAGAAAUGAAUGCUAGAAAAGUAUUUGUACCAAUUCCACAAUAUUUUAAACAGAAUUACAACAAAUACAACUUACCUACCUUUGUUCCCCAUUCAAAUUCAAUUUUUCAACACCUUCCUCCUCCACCAAACAUAGGAAAUGUUAAUAGACAUCAUACUAAUAUGACUUUGGAACAACAUCAGUAUCAUAAAACAAAUGACUAUAUGAUUGAAGAGCCUCAUGAUGACGCUGCAGGAUUCAUGACACUCAGAGAAAAGCAUUGGUUAGCCGGCAUACAGACAAUUCAAUUUAAUAACAGUAACCCACUAGAAGAUGACUUCUAUUUCACAAUGUACCAAAAGCGACACCAUGGAUCAAGUGGUAUAAAAUCGAAUAAUAAUUCACAUCAGCCUGAUUUGCAAUCUAAAUCCCACAAUGCGUAUACUCCAUUGCAUUUUGAAAACUCGCUAGGAAAAGUUCUGAUUGGUAGUGUAAUUGCUCCCAGAAAAAUAAUUGACAUAGAACUUAAUGACUUUACACCUUCAUCAUCUCCUUCAAGUCCGUUGAAUCCUACAACCAACACUACACGGACCAUUGUUGCACAGAAAAAAUCCAAACAAAUUCUUUUAGAAAUUGAACAGAUGUACAUACCCUUAUUGAAAAUAGAACAAACUUAUUAUGCAAUAAGAAACAAGUAUCAAGCGACGCCUUCAGUGCAAGAGUACAUUAAUGAACUAACGGAAAUUUUAACUAACCAUUUACACAAUUUAGUAGCAUAUGCGACAAUAAGGAAAGGAAAACAAUUGGUGCACCGUAUUCUGCCUCACCUUAAAAAUCCAUCAUUUUUAUGGAAUGCAUUUUUCGGGCCUUCCAUUUGUACAAUUAUGAUGAAAGAUAAUGAGGAGCAGCUAUUGUUACUGUUUUUACCAUAUAUUAGGCAAUGGAUAUUUUGUUUGUGUCUCGGUGAGAUGAACAAAGUCACAGAAUGUUUAAUGACAAAUCUAUCAUUUGUAUUAAAAAAUAUUUUUGGUAUAUCGGUAAUUGCAAAUAUGAUUGAACGAGCAGAAGAAGUGCGUUUAACCACAGAGCCAGAAGUACUAGAACAAUGGAGUAUGUUUAUGAGCCGUGUCAUUUGGUUAAGCUCUGAAACCCUUGUAGAGAGACCAGUCAUUGGAUUAAACAAAACAAUUAUUGAACAACAUCUAACUAAUUUGCCAUUCGACCAAUCGAUCACUGUUGCAAAAAUUAAUAACUUGAUACAAAGACUAAGUUUUUUGGGUGACACAUCAAAGAAAUAAUUUUUAAUAAGUAGAAAAAAAUAACAACUUUCUUACGAACAUUUAAACAUUAUUUUAAACUAAUAGUUUUUUCCACUUGCAAGUGAAAAAAACAACGAUAACUUUUUUAGCUUGAUAUUAUAAUGAUAUUAUGGACCUUUAAAUAAAAUUCAUGGUAUCAUUAUACCUCCAUUUUUCCCAUACCACUUUUCUUAGAGGUUUCAGCUUUUUUAUGUGUAUAUAAUAAACAUUUAAUGACAAUUUUUAAAUGACUGAAAACUAAAUUAUGUUGUAAUGCACUAAACGUUUAAGGUUCUUUAUUUUAGUUUUUAAACCAAUUAUCAUCAUGUGACAUUAUACUUUUUUAUCAUUUAAUUUAUUAUUUUUGUUCCCAACUUUUAGCAAAUGCUUAGUAUAAUAUGACAUGAUUUUAUCGUUGAACUGUUAGUAAAAAAAAUAUCUUUUGAUUAUGUUUAUUAAUGUAUAUUAUUUUUGUAAACCAUAAAUGAACAUUUUUGAACAUAAAUGAACCAAAUGAACAUUUUUCAUUUUUAAAUAAACCAUCACU